AUGAACUACGAAUGUGAAGAAGAUCUCAGAGUAGACGGAUAUGAUCCAUUAAUCUCACCACUUUUAUUGAAAUCUGAAAUCCCUCCUAGUCAUCGUUCGAAAGCUAUUGUAGGUAGAUCAAGACAAGCAUGUGCCGAUGUGAUUUCUGGUAAAGAUCAUCGCUUGAUUGUCGUUGUUGGUCCUUGUUCGAUCCAUGAUACUGAACAAGCUCUUCAAUAUGCAAAAUUACUUUUAUCUGAAGUUAAAAACUUUCCAGAUUUAGUGAUUAUCAUGCGUUCUUACUUUGAAAAACCUAGAACAACUGUAGGAUGGAAAGGAUUGAUUAAUGAUCCAGAUCUAGACGGAUCUUUCAAGAUCAACAAAGGAAUGAGAAAAGCCAGAGAAUUAUUAAAUACUUUAACUGAUAUGGGAAUGCCUGUAGGAGUUGAAUUGUUAGAUACGAUCAGUCCACAAUUCUUAUCUGAUUUAAUUUCUUGGGGAGCUAUUGGAGCAAGAACUACUGAAUCUCAAUUACACCGAGAAUUAGCUUCUGGAACCUCACACCCGAUCGGGUUCAAGAAUGGAACUCAAGGAGACUUACAAGUGGCUAUCGAUGCUAUCAGAGCUGCUGCUUGUCCCCAUUCCUUCUUGGGUGUUAAUGACCAAGGUUUAGCUUCGAUUGUCAAAACUAGUGGGAACCCUGAUGUACAUGUGAUCUUGAGAGGUGGUAAAGUACCUAACUACGAAGCUCAGUUUGUCAAAGAAGCCAGAGACCAACUUGUGAAAGCCAGACCUGCUUUCCAUCCUGCAAUCAUGAUCGAUUGUUCUCAUGGAAACUCACAAAAAGAUCAUCGUAAUCAAAUUAAAGUAGUUAACAAGAUUUGUGAACAAUUGAUCGAUGGUGAUCAAUCGAUUUCAGGAGUCAUGAUCGAAUCUCACAUCAACGAAGGACGUCAAGAUGUUCCAAUCGAAGGUCCUUCAGCUCUCAAACCUGGUGUCUCGAUCACCGAUGCUUGUGUGAAUUUCGAAACAACUGUUCAAAUGUUAACACAAUUACAAUUAGCAGUAGUCAAACGAAAAGAAAUCAGAUCUCUUAACACCAAUGGUUCUCAUGAAACCUAA